CAACUCUGGUGCCAACUUUACGUUUUCCCCUUGAAACAAAAGGCUUCCAUAAUCCUAAGUAACUUCUCUCUCAGUCUCAGUUUCGAAAGCUAAGAGAAAAAGAAGAGUAAGAGAAGAAGAGAUGGAGAGGAAGGCUAUAGUUUUAUGCAGUGUUGUGGGUUUUUUGGGGAUAUUAUCGGCCGUAACUGGCUUUGCUGCUGAAGCUACUAGGAUUCAGGCUUCGCAAGUUAAGUUUGUUUCCUCUACACAAUGUCAAUACCCCCGGAGUCCUGCACUUGGCCUUGGCUUAACUGCAGCAGUGGCGCUUCUGAUAGCUCAAAUAAUUAUAAAUAGUUCAACUGGGUGUAUUUGUUGCAAAAGAACCCGUCAAUCUUGGAACUCUAACUGGACAAAAGCUCUUGUCUUCUAUGUUGUUUCUUGGUUCACAUUUGUUAUAGCUUUCCUUCUCUUACUAACUGGUUCCGCACUCAAUGAUCAACAUGGUGAAGAGAGUGUGUACUUUGGCAACUACUAUUGCUAUGUUGUGAGACCUGGGGUCUUCGCUGGGGGUGCUGUCUUAGCUCUUGCAAGUGUCACUCUUGGAAUCUUCUAUUAUCUCACUUUAAACGUGGCAAAGGACAGUACUGGUCCUUGGGGCAAUGCACCUGUUCCUAAUCAAGGUGGCAUAGCCAUGGGACAACCUCAGUUCCCGCCCCAGAGCUCUCAAGAUCCUGUUUUUGUUCAUGAAGAUACUUAUAUCAGGCGGCAAUUUGCUUGAUCAGAAAAUCGCCCAUGAAAACAAUCGACGUAUUUUUCUCCAGGUGUCAUUGGCAUUUUGGCUCCUGUUAGUCUUGAAAUCAGUUUCGUUGUUGCAUUAUGGGGGCUGACGGCGUCAAAACGGAGCUAGAUGGUAUUGAUACGGGUCCAGUAUCAAGCUAUAUUGAAUUGUGAAAGUUCUUUUCUUUUUCUUGUAUAUUUUAUGUGAGAUAGUUUUCUGGCUGCAUGAAUUGCUUGUAAUCAAUUUCUCUUAAGAUUUCCCGUUUCAGC